UAAGCUAACGCAAGAGUUACCCGCGGAGAUGGCAGGCAUCCUGGACGUUCCCAAACCUAGAAUAAACUGCUCGAUGCUUUCGCAGCACAUCAACCGACCGGUGUGCUUCGUCGGUCGUGUCGGAAAGGUUAACCCAAGCGGUAAAUCGUUUACUGUAUCGGAUGGAGAAGAAAAAACCGCAACAGUUGAACUAAAUGAACCUCUUGAAGAAGAACUGAGUGGCGUUGUAGAGAUUGUUGGCAUGGUGUCCAACAAAGGAGCGCUAAUGGCCACCACGUACAACAUCCUGCAAGAAGACAAGGGCGUCCCCUUCGAUUUAGAACUCUACAAUGAAGCUCUGAAGGUCAUCCAUGACUUCCCCCAGCACUACCCCUUCCAGGCGGCUGCAAGUGGAUGAACCCUCCAUGUUGAGAUGUGUUGUUGUUGUUAUUGUUGUUGUUGUGGUUUAUUUC